AUGGGUUGUGUUCAAUCUACUGGCGUCGACAGCGAGGCCAAGGCUCGCAACGAUGAGAUUGAAAACCAACUCAGACGAGAUCGAAUGAUGGCAAAGAAUGAGAUUAAAAUGUUGCUGCUGGGCGCAGGAGAGUCAGGAAAGGAAAUAAUUUACUGCAACACCCUUCAGUCCAUGCGCGCCAUCCUCGAGGCUAUGCCUCAACUCGAUAUAUCUCUAUCACCACAGAACGAUGCUCGUCGUGCUGUAAUUCUCGCUCUGCCUGGCCAAAUUGAGUGUGAUGUGCUCCCGAGAGAUGUUGCUGAUGCCAUUCGAGGACUUUGGCGAGACUCGGGUGUCAAGGAGGCCGUUCGUCGCUCACGAGAGUUCCAGUUGAACGAUUCUGCUGUCUACUACUUCAACGCAAUCGACCGCAUGUGCGGACCAGGGUAUAUGCCGACGGAUCAAGAUAUCUUACGGAGUAGAGUGAAGACGACUGGUAUCACCGAAACCACGUUCAAAGUUGGCGAACUUACGUACAAGCUCUUUGAUGUCGGAGGUCAGCGAAGUGAACGUAAGAAGUGGAUUCACUGCUUCGAGAACGUCACAGCGUUGGUAUUUCUGGUAUCCUUGAGCGAGUACGAUCAGAUGUUGUAUGAAGAUGAGAGUGUUAAUCGCAUGCAAGAGGCCCUGACUCUCUUCGACUCGAUAUGCAAUUCACGGUGGUUUGUUAAGACAUCAAUUAUUUUGUUCUUGAACAAAAUCGAUCUGUUCGCUGAGAAACUCCCACAUUCACCGCUUGGUGACUACUUCCCAGACUACACGGGCGGCGACAACUAUGAUGCCGCUUGCGAUUAUUUGCUUCACCGCUUCGUUGCGCUCAAUCAGAAUGCGGCGACCAAGCAAAUAUACGCUCAUUAUACUUGCGCAACGGAUACUCAACAAAUCAGAUUCGUGUUGAGUGCUAUUCAAGAUAUUCUGCUACAGAUUCAUCUUCGUGAGUGUGGCCUGCUGUGA